UCAACAACAGUCGCUCGGUCCCAUCCAUUUUGGAUCCGGUGGUGUGAGCGUACAAUGUCGCCUGCUUGCAGAGCGGGAGCACCUACUGCGUACCCACGGUGACUAACGCGACGAAUGGCAUCUAGCCAUGCUCGGACUGCUUCCUGAAGUACGAGGCCGCCAUGCUGAACUCGUCGUAUGGCCUGACUCACAUCACGCCUCCCGACUUCUCAUCACUGCUGUCCUCUUGCUCCGUGCCAGCGACUAGAUACUCGUAUUCUACCCCAUCGAGCUCAGUGACACCGACAGGCACGUCGUCGUCCACCGCGUCGGCAGCGCCCACCUGCACGGGAACGUCCUACACGGCCGAGUCUGGAGACACAUACGCUUCCAUCGCUCGGGCUAACAGCGUGGCAACGGACCGUUUCGUUACGGGCAACCACUUGGACUACAACUGCACCGCCAUCGCACCUGGCGCCAAGCUGUGCCUCCCGCAGAGCUGUCUCUUGUACCUGGUGGAGACGAACGACACGUGUGCUGGCAUUACCGCUGAUGAGUCUUUCUAUCUGAACCAGCUGUUGUCUUGGAAUCCAUCAAUACACCAGAAUUACGACAACCUGGAUUCUAUGAUUGGUCGCACGAUAUGUAUCUCUCCGCCAGGGACAACAAGUUGGACAGCCAAUCCGGCGAACAUCAGUAGCGACUGGAAUGUGUGAGUAACUCCUAUCAAUGAUGAGACAUUAACUCGGUGGGUUUCCUGCUCAACCUCGGAGCUCAGCACCUUCGUCCUACCGCCCGCGUCUUUCGCCGUUAUUCCCAGCAUCACCAACGUUCCA